AUGUCGCAGUCCGAGACAAUUGAGAACCCCAACGAACACCUCGUCAUACCACAAUGGUUGAACGAGAGCAAGUUCCAGCUCGUGGUGGCAAAGGAUGAGCCUGAGGCCAGCAGGAUUCUUACGUUUACCCCAGUGGCUGCUGUGCCUCCAGGCGGCAACUUUACCUCUGUCAUGAUACGAGUGUUCUUGGAUUUGGAGUUUAAAGAUGGCAGACAAAAGAGGAAAUCCUAUGUGGUCAAGACCACUCUGGAUGCGGACAAAGGUGGCAAGGCGGUGGAAGAAUUCCGCUACUUUUACAAGGAGCAGCAGAUGUACUCCACUUACCUGCCUGCUUUCGAGAAACUUUAUAGAGACGCUGGACACUCCAUGGAACUAGUGCCGAAGUGUCUGGAAAUCGGUGAAAUAGAGGGAAACCUGUACUUCAUAUUCGAGGACCUCGCCAUCCAAGGAUACUUAAGUGCGGACCGAACCAAGGGACUAGACAUGACUCACAUGAGGCUUUCCCUCCAGAAACUGGCUGAGUUCCAUGCAGCCAGUGUGGUUUACCAGGACCGCCAUGGGCCCUACCCCACUGACUUUGAACAUGGGUUUGUCAAAAAGGAUAACAUUGAGCAUAGUCUGCAAGGAUUUAAUAUCAAAUAUCCGGAGCUCCAGGCAAGCAUGAAGUCUUGGGGCUUGGAUGAGAGCUAUCUUAAAAAAGUCCCCACUUCUAGGCAGUACGGGGCGAUCAGCGAAGAAUCUCUUAUCGUCGAUCCGGAAGACUUCAAUGUCCUCACUCAUGGAGAUUUUUCUGCCAAUAAUGUCUUGUACAAGUAUGAUCUAAAUGGAGACCUACAGAGUGCUCUUCUGUUGGACUUUCAGCUCUGCAAGUGGGGCAGUCCAGCCCAGGACCUUUUAUUCCUCAUAACCCUAUCAGCUUCAAAAGAGUUGCGCAUCCGAGAAUUUGACAACUUUGUUAGGAUUUACUGGGAGUAUCUUAUUCAGUGCCUGGGAAUUCUAAAGUACACGAAACCGAUGCCUAAGCUGAGGGAUCUACAUGGCGCCAUCACCAAGAAAAACAACACCUUCUAUGCUUUUUUCCCUAUGAUAAAUCACCUGCCAACCUGCCUCUUGCCAAGUACCAAAGAAAGUAACCUGCACAGUCUCAUGUCCCAGGACGAAGUGGGCAAGAACUUCCGAACCAGGAUGUACACCAACCCUGCCUAUGUGGAGGCCAUCAGAGAGUUACAUCCCUUUUUCUGCAACCGUGGGCUGUUCAACUUUGACGAUUUCAGAGUAUAGUAAAGUCAACUGCAUUCUUUAAACGAAUGAACUUAAUAAAUUGCGGUUUCUUCGAGUUUUUACAACGUA